CGCUACAAUGUCGAUCGGAAAACCUGGAUUUGCCAGUCAACAAGCUACACAUCAUACCCACAGUUCUCUCCCUCUCUUUCCUCCUCCAACGGUUCCCCCUUCCCUACUACUAUGCUAUGGUCUUAGGCUCUCUGUUUUUCUUCCCACAUUUGUAUAUCUCUCUCGAAUAAUUUCAUUUGGGAUUUUGAAUCUCUGCUUUUUCGCUGAAUUCUUGAUCUGGGUUUUCUGUAUUUCCACCUGUUUCUCCGGAACGACUCGAAUAAUCAAAUCUUUUGAGAAAAACAGAGGCUUGGAGUUGCAGAAGGAGCUUGCUUCCUUGAUCCGGUGUGUGAAAUUCUGCUUCUUGGAUCGAGUUCUUGAUGGUUUUGGACAGCUGGGUUUUGGCUUUUGGAGGCAUUGAUUGCGUAAAAGUGCUUUUUCUGUGAGCAAGUGGGGGUUGUGUGACAGCUGCUUUUGGAUUUGGCUGAAGUUAUGGUGGUUUAGUUGAAAAGGGUUGAUAGAGAGGGAGAGGGAGAGAGAGAGAGAGAGAGAGAUUGAUGGGUUAGGAAGGAGAGAUUAAUGGCUUCAGGAACUGCAGAUAUAUCACCACAGGUGACCGGAUUGGAUGGUGGGUGCUUAAAAGGAGGUGGAAUGCAGACCAUGGAAGAUCAAAACGUCGACGCUUUGGCCAAUUCAAACCACAUUCCUACUGGAAAGCCUCCGAGAAACCUCUCGGUUAUGCGAAAUUGCACUAGCUAUGCAUUGUUGACCGAAUCAGAUUCAGAUGUUGGAAGUAUGGGAUUAAAGUCGCCGGCAAGUGAGACAGCCGAGUUCGUAUUUGUAUUCCGUUCAGGAAGCUGCUCUGAGAAAGGACCUAAACAGUACAUGGAGGAUGAGUAUAUUUGCGUAGAUAAUCUUAGUGAUCGUAUUGGUGAAAUCGAAAACUUGCCUUCCCCUGGGGCAUUUUAUGGGGUCUUUGACGGACAUAAUGGUGUUGAUGCAGCAUCAUUCAUCAAAAGCAACAUCCUUAAGUUCAUCGUUGAAGACUCUCACUUUCCAUCUGUCGUUAGAAAGGCAGUUAGAAGGGCUUUUGUGAAGGCUGAUCAUGCUUUUGCAGAUGCUAGCUCUGUCGAUAAGUCCUCCGGUACCACUGCCCUAACUGCCCUGAUCUUAGGAAGGACCAUGCUAAUCGCUAAUGCUGGGGACUGUCGAGCUGUGUUGGGGAAGCGGGGAAGGGCAAUUGAGCUAUCUAAAGAUCACAAACCUAACUGCACCUCUGAAAGAUUAAGAAUUGAAAAGCUGGGUGGUGUCAUCUAUGAUGGCUACCUCAAUGGCCAACUAUCCGUGGCGCGUGCUCUUGGAGACUGGCAUAUCAAGGGCUCGAAAGGUUCAACUUGCCCCUUGAGCUCCGAGCCAGAGCUGGAGGAAAUUGUCCUAACAGAAGAAGACGAGUUCUUGAUAAUUGGCUGUGAUGGCUUAUGGGAUGUGAUGAGCAGCCAGUGUGCAGUUACAAUGGUGAGGAAGGAGCUCAUGCAGCACAAUGAUCCCGAGAGAUGUUCAAAAGUGCUUGUCAAGGAGGCACUCCAACGAAACACCUGCGAUAACCUCACUGUUGUCGUGGUCUGUUUCUCCGAAGAUCCACCUCCUAAAACCGAAAUUCCCAAAUCUCACAAGAGGAGAAGCAUUUCAGCUGAAGGGUUGGACCUUCUCCAGGGUGUCUUAAGCAACAUUUGAACACAACUUGCAUAGAUAAGAUGGAGCUUACACCCCUGUCGGGGAUUUUUCUGAGUCGCUCCAGAACCCCUGCUGCGGCUUCCCCUUCCGGGUUUCUUUAACUCUUAAGUCCUGUACAACUUGAGAUACGAUUAACAAUCUCGAAUUUGAUUCUUUAAAAUCAGAAUUUUUUUGAAUGUUAGAAUUGCAUAAGUUGCUGCAGGGCUUGCACCGGUCAGCUUACUUUCAACUUGAUUAAAUAGCAAACUCUACAAGUAGUAGUCCUCCUAUAUGUACAAAUUGAAGAAAUAUGGGUCAUGUCUACAGCUUUUUUUCCUCUCU